AUGCAGGCCGGCCCAUCUUCUGAUCAUGAAGAUGUAAAAGUACUGGAGUCAAACCUUAAAACAAAACAUAUGCACAAGUCUCGUCAGAUAGAUGACGGGAUACCGAAAGAACCUGAGGUAUCAGGUGUAGCUGAACCUAGUACUUUGAAACCACCUAUGGUUAAAAAGAGAAAGAAGAAAGCAAGGAAGCUACCAAAUUUGGACUCAGGUGAUGGUGAUAUGAAAAAAAUGAAAGACGUUCCAUUAGUUGAAAUAAAACAACCUUCACUGAAUGCACGAGCGAGUGAAAAAGAACAACAAGAAGGUGAUGUUAAUAUUGUGGUGAAAAAGGCAACGUCUCCAGUUUCAGCCUCCAUUUCACCACCCUUGAAAUAUGAACAAUCGAAACAAUUUGCAAAGUCAAGAUUCAGCUAUGCUUUGCCUGAAAGGAUGCAACGUUUCAGACGAUCAACAGCGUUAGGCGAUGUAUCAACAAGUCCUGAACUUAGUUUAAGUGAUAUACGAGGCAAAGAAAAUCUCGGUCAAAUAUCUGGAUAUGAAUUUUUUGUGAAAGAGUGGUUUGAUCAGCCAGCUGGAAGAGAAUCAUCUCUUGGUGGAUUUAUUUCCCAUUUGGAAUCACAAAGUGGCGGUAGUGGUGUUGCUGUUGCUGAUGAGGCACUGCUGAGAAUGUUAAAGACGAAACGACACAGAAGUCUAUCGAAGAGGGCGGAAUCAACAACAGAAGACACUUCAGCUGAGAUAAAUCAAGAGAAUCAACCAUUAUUAGCGUUCAAUGAAAGAACAAAACAAGAUUUAUUAGUUUUUGGUCGACUACCACAUUUGUCAAAUCAAGAAAGAAUUCAACUUGAAUCAAAAUUUUUAUACGACCCACCAGAUUCAGAGGUUCCUGUUGAAUUAAAGACUGGAGGUCAACUCCCACGAUAUUUAGAAGAUGAAGGCUUUUUCAUCAGUAAACUACCCUAUGUAGCUCCAACAAAUCUACGUCGACUUGAGAAUCGUAUUAUCAGUGAGAUUCAUAUGGAUGUCUAUGGCUUGAAGACUAUACUGACUUGUCAAUCUGCAGAUGAUGCAACUUUGAAUGGAAAGGUGAAUAAUAAUAAUAAUAAUAAUCAGGAAGUCGAAGAGAAGAAAAAGUUAAAAAUUCAGUCAUGGUUUCGUGAAGAUGGAAUGUUAAACUUACAGUCGAAUCCACUGAAAAAUAUCCCGUCCAGACCAUCACUAUGGAAUGAUCAGUUUAAUCCACUGCCGGAGAAAUUUCAAAUCUUCUAUGUACAACCCCUAUCACCUGAAAUGACUCAGAACUAUUUCAGUAUGCAGUCAGAAGGUUCAAAUUGUCAAAAUCAAUCAACUUUUGCGCUAAAUUUAUCGAGAAAUAAGCAAGCUGGUAAAGAAUGUCGCUUAGAUGUAGAUAUUCGACGAAUUACCUUCGAUUUUCAUCCAUUAUUCAGUUUAGAACAUGUUUACGCCCAGAAUCUACGUCAAAUUGUCCAAGCUUAUGAGUUGGCUUUAUCAAGAGAUCAAGUGAACGCAUGUAUUCAACGUAUAAGCGCUUUAAAAAGAGCACUGAAACAACUUGAAGGCAAACGAAUCGCAAAUGAAAGUACUUUCAACGAAGAUCAACUUGCAGAAAUUGAUUGUCGGAUAGAAGAUUAUUAUCAUGAAAUAAGCCUUAUGCGUCGUGCAAGAAAUCAUGCUGAAGCCUAUGAAAAAGGGUUAUUAGCUUCAGCUCUCCGAGCAUGGAAACGUGUUAAAGAAGCAAGAGUAAAAAGUGGUUGUACAAAUACUACUGUCCGAUUGAAAAUAGCAAAACAAAUGACAAAUGUAGAACAAGAUCUACUGGAUUGGAAUCAAGAAUUAGAUGAAAUUGUCAGUGAAGCGAAACAUCAAUUCGAUAUUGAAUAUCAAGAAGCUCAAAGAAAAUAUGAAGAAGAAAUGGAAGUUUAUAAGCAGGAGAAAAAGAAACUAGAUGCAGCGCUUCGAAGACAACGUUUACGUGAAUCUGGUCAAACUGAUGAAUUGGAGGAUAAUCCAGAUAUAGAGCGUGAAGAUGCACAAAUUCUAGCUAAACAAAAAUUACUUGGUCCACCGCCAACAAGUCCUAGACCCUUCGAUGCACAGAUAGUCAGAGAUGAAGCUGAAAUCAAUUUGAAGAAAUGUAGACGGUUGUAUAAUGAACCAAAGGUGACAGUUAGUCUACUAGAAGAUGCCGUGAUCUCAUCAAAUGCUGAAUGUCCAAAAAAUGAAUUAAAUCGUCGUUUUAAAAUGCUUGAAUACGCCUACUUCAUUAAACUCUACUAUAAUGGUAAAUUAGUUGAAACUACUCAACCACAACUGUUGACAAACUACUUCACAUUGGAUUUCCGUUGGAUUCUACCAAUACAAAUACGUCAUCAGCCUGAAUCUAUUGUGGCAAAAUUAUUUGAAAAACACGGUUGGAAAUCUUAUCAGAUAGGUGAAUUUUAUAUUGCUCCACCAAGUUAUGAAGAGAUGAAAAUAUCUUCAGCCAUACAAACAACAACAACAACAACAGCUACAACACCAUCAUCCUCAUCAAACGCUACAUCUGAAUUCAAUUUACAAUGUUUACGAUUCACUAUAACAACUGGUGCAUCAUUCAAACUUGUUCAAAGUAGUGCCAGUUUACCUGACAUCUCAUCAUUAGUGGCAUAUGUUGGGCUAGGAGGUAAACUUCUAUUGGAAGCAUUAGACGGUACUGGAGAGAAAACUGUCAGCUUGCCUAUCACUGGUACAUUGUAUGCUAUGGCUAAAUGGGUACCAAGUAAAUCAAUAUUAAAUGAUCUGAACAAUAUUGAAGCCAAUAGUGGAUAUCUAAACAGAAGAUCAGCGUAUAUGAACAGCUCAAUGAAAAAGUCCACUACAGAUUUACGUUCACUUUUGUAUCCUUCAAUGCAAAUGUAUCAGUCGAAUCAGCUAUUCUUCAGUGAUACUUUUAAGUUCAACACAGCUACUACUGAUAAUAAUAACAGUAGUAUAACUAACAAACUUAAUUUUACUACGCCAACCCUUGAUCCAAAUAAUACAAUGGAUUCAAAAUUAUUGAAUAUAAUACAGACAAUGUCAGGAACUCACCUGCUGCCAAGCAGUCUACAGAAUACUAAUCAACCAGAUGUCCUUUGUCAUACAAGAGCUGGUGGAGCAAAUUACUUUCAUCUUGAUUAUGCCCUUGAACGUUAUAAUUUUUGUACUGAUGAAGAUUUGGACAAAUCGAAACGCUUACGAUUAUUCCGUUUGAGACAGAAUCGUGUACCAGGAUUUCAAAAUAUUAUUAUACCAUCAUAUGCAAGGCAUAUAUCAGAGGAUAUUUUUGAUUCAUUGAAUGAAAAGAAAAGUUUUGAUACACAUUACAGUACACUGAAGGGCAUGAAAGCCUAUAAACAAAGGCAUAAAAUGUAUAUUGAUAAGAUAAAAAACGAGGUGAAUCAACAUUUUCAAGAGGCGUUAAAUAAAAAAUCCCUACGAGAAAUUGUUAUCGAAGAAGAGAUACCUAAUAUCUUAUUUUUAUUGCCAUUAUUUAAAAGAUUAUUUGAACCAAAGCGACCGUUAAGACCAAAAUAUCAAGAACGUCGUCGUAUUGGUCCGCAGUAUGUACACGAUUGUGGUUUACAGUUGAUUGUUACCAUUCACGGUGCUUAUAAUUUACCUAUACGAAGUAGAAAGAGAACUGACCAAUCAGAUUAUAGAGAUAAUAAAAUAGAGGAUAGGAAUAAUCCUUUAAAACCAUUUGUUGAAGUAAAAUUUCAACAGCACAAAAAAUCCACGAUUCCAUCUGAAGGUAGAAAUCCAAGUUGGAAUACAGAAUUUCGAUUCGGAUUCUUUUUAACAGCGGAAACACCAAAUUUAGAAUGUAUGAAAGAUCCAAUCAUUAUUAAUGUAUACGAUCAAGUGACAUUCAGUCAGGCAGAAGGUGAACAGCAAGAAGCCUUGUCAACGUCAUUAUCAUCACACUACAUACAACGUGUUGAACAUCAUUUAAUCGGUUCAACUGAAGUACCUUUGUCAACAAUUUACUUAAACUCUAAGGUUAGUGGUAGAAUAAAUUUGUCAGUUCCAAUAAUUCUACAAGGAUAUGAAACAGUAAAUCUAGCCAAAUCUUCAAUUCGACCAAUGGUUGAUGUUUUGAUGACAUUGGAGCCGUCGAUUUAUCCACCUGCACCAUUGAUGGACUCGUUCAUGACUACAGAAUCAGUCAGUAUACAGUCAACUUUGACAAAAUGGUAUGAAAAGUUGUCAAAGCAUAAAUACAUGUCUGAUCGACUAUUUAAACCGUUGGUUAUGAAUUCUGAUUGUCAUGAAGUACUCAUGACACGUUUUCUAUAUCCGCUUAAUCCACCGGAAGAUUUCCUCCCUGGACAGAAAACUGGUUUGACAAUUUCAGAGUCUAUGUUACGUUUAGCUCGUUAUGUGUCACUUAUUCCGUAUGAACCUGAUGCUGCUUCAUUUCCUGGUUUAGCUCAAGUUUGGUGUACUUGUGAUCAAUUUUUAAGUAUGCUUCGUGGUGAUGAAGAAGAACACGCAGUACUCCUGGCUUGUUAUUUUAUGUACAUAUUGAAAUUUAAUACUAUGGAUAACACUGGUGAUGAUGUUGACACCUCCAAUGUUCCAACUACUUCAAAUCAAUCAUUCAAGUCACCAGUUACCUCAGUGUAUUUAUGUAUUGGUGAAGCAGUUCCUGAAGGUCGUACAGUUUACAUAAUGACCGAAGAUUUUAUUUCACAAAAGCAUAUUACUGAAUCAAUCAAUUGGCGUUUAUGGAAUCCUGUUACUGGGCAAAAUUAUUCCGUUCACGAUGUUAAUAAUCCAUUGCGUUCUGUUUGGGGGCUAGUCAAUUCACAAAAUAUUUUAGCUAACAUUCAACAAAAGAAAGAACCCUGGGAACUAGUUUGGGAUUUAACUUCCACAAAAUGUUGGUUACCUGUAUUCUCAAAAACUGAAGUUCUGAAUAAUUCAUCAGCUUCUCUAGAAACUAUUCAACCAAAAACACUGUUAUAUGCUAGUUUAGAAUCACGUGAAGUUGAGCAUAUAAAAUUUGAAUUGGAAACUGUAUUGAGAGAUGCUUUAAUGGAUUGGCGUAAAACAAAGAUAACUCGACUUAAUUAUGAAUUUAUCAAAGAGUUUAAUAAAAUGCUUGAAAAUUUAGAAAAGAAUAAUGGAGCAUAUUAUGAUGGAUUAGGUCAAUUGCUUGAUCGUAUUUCAAGUAAAUAUCAUAUUUAUGGUUUCCCAAUGAAUUUCUCCUACAUGGAACCUCAUGAAAUUAUCGCUAGAGUUAAAUCAAAGGGGAUACAUGAAUUAAUUGGAAGUGAAUUCACGCUAGCUGAUGUUGUUAAUCGUUUUCAUCAACACGAAGAACAACAACAACAACCACCAAGAAGUUCAAUGGCUUUUUCAAAGACGACAUUGACUAGUUUAACGGAUUCUUUAUUUACUGUUGGUAGUGGUAGUCAUAAAGCAUCAUUAACUCCAAUGAGAAGAUCACAAGCAGACUUAAUGAAUGAUAUUCAAUUCACUUUAAAUGUUUAUGUGAAAGCUUAUCCUGGACCAGUUCUAUCUAUAUGGAUUUAUUUGGCUGGAUUAUGGAGGCGUGCAUCUAUUGAAUAA